GGCUGUGACACCUACGCCGCCACACAUUCACGCCUAGUCCUCUUCACCGACUGCCUGCGCACCCGAUAUCUGCAUAUCCUUCUCACACAUGCGCUUCUUCGCCGACACAUGAUCCUUCGCUCUCCGAGCCCAUCUCCAUCGACACUUUGUCGUCCUGGAUCGACAUGAUGAUGAACAACAAUUUUCAGAACGUGAACGGCAUGCCCAUGCCAGGCAACCCUAACAUGGGCGCGGGCCGUGAACACAACAUCAAUGCUGUUCAAGCCCAUUAUCAGACACAAGAUGUGCCUCCUGGUUGGCAGCAGAACGUGCGCCCUACAGAACGAGCAAAGAUAGCUAUCAGCUUAUCUACCAACCUUGGUCUUCUCCAGCAAGGCGCCGCCUCUCCCAGCGAUGUGCUCAACCGUGCGAUUCGACUUGAAACUGAUCGCUUCAAGAGUUGUGGCUCAGUCGAAGAAUACCAGGCCAAUAUCGCAAACAUGAUGUCAGAAAUCUCAACCAAGCGCGCAAGACUGGCACAGAUGAAUGGAGGCCUCGGAUUCCCGCAGAUGAGCAACCCGCAACAAACACCAAUGCAAAACUCUCGUUCACAACAAGGCCAGCAGUUUACACAAGCAUUCCCACAACACCUACAGCGACAGAUGCAACCUUCUGCUAUUCCAAUGAAUCAACAGUCCUCUGUUGGUGGGAUGAAUCCAUCUCAUGUACCUGGUUCGCAGCAAACAGGUCCACAACCACAGCCACAAAUGCUACAACAGCCGAAUCCUGCACAAUUACCAUUGACGUUACAGCUAUUGUCACAAUCAGCGCGCAACAAAGGGUUUACUCUCUCGAAUCAAGAUUUGAAGACUAUCAAUGAUGUGGCUACGGCUAAAUUCUCGCAACAACCGAGUGAACAGAUGGAGAGGAUAAGAAUGGAGGCGACUGGGCUGCCCCCGCAGCUGUUGGCUACACUCCGCUCCAAGGGGAUCGAUCCUGUGUUCUGGCAAUUUAGAGAAAAGGUCAUGCACCAGUAUAUUCAAAAGAAAAUCAGUACACGGCAGCAGCAACCCAGUGCGCAGAUGAACGGAAUGAUGCCGCAAGGACUCAACCCACAAAGCAACGGUAACCACCCACAAGGCCAGGGCCAACAAAGCUCCAUGCAAGGUAACCCAGAAUUUGGCUAUUCUCAACUUGGCCAGCAACAGGCCAAUGCCACGCGGCUCGCAGAGGCAGGACAUCAAGUCGUUCCCGCUAGCAACAACACUAACAGUAAUAAUACUCAAGGUGGAAUGUUCUCUAAUACACACGCUCAGGCGCAGCAACAAGGCGGCAACGGAAUGGGUACUAUUCACCGACCGCCUCAGGUACCAAAUAUGCAGCAGCAACCACAGCAACAUCAGCAGCAGCAACAACAGCAGCAGCGCCAGCAGCAAGAAGAUCUGAUGCGAAAUCAACAGAUUCAGCAACAGCAGCAACAGCAGCAGCAACAGCAGCAACAACAACAACAACAGCAGCAGCAACAACAGCAACAACAGCAGCAGCAGCAACAACAGCAACUUGCACAGCAAGAGCACAUGAAUCGGAUACGAGUGCAGGCUCAAGCUCAAGCCCAAGCUCAAGCUCAAUCUCAAGCUCAAGCUCAGGCUCAAGCUCAGGCGCAGCCUCAGCAGUCGAUGAGCAUGAACAACAAUAUCCCACCAGGACAGAGUCGUGCGCCCCUGUCGAACUUGAACUCAACUUUUGUACCAAGAAUGGCUGGGUCUCAGGCUGGCAGUGGCAAUGCCCAACAACGGUCAGCUCAACCUGGUACGCCGUCAAAUGGCACCAUGCCGAAUGGUAUGUCCAUAAACGCAAUGCAAGCGAUCCAAAUGAUGCAGCAAAGAGUGCAGAAUGCACAAGGAACACCAACAAUUGAGCAGAUGAAGCAGAUGCGAUUGCAGUAUACUACGCAUCUGCCUCCGCAAGUACGUGAUCAGAUAAUGAGCGUCCCGGACGAGAACCUUCAAGCUUUACUCGAGAAAAGAAAUCAAAACGCACUCCGUCCCAGUCCACAAACGGGAUUUCCUAUGCAGAUGCAUCCUACCCAGCAAGGACAACCUCAAGUGUCGCCAGGGCAGCUUUCUGCUCCACCCAACGCCCAAUUCAUGAACGCUACAAAUGGUGGCUUUGGUGGCGGUCCCAACGCUGGGCAGGUAUUUGGGCCUGGUCAAGUGCCUCAGGGCCUGACACAACAGCAGGCUCAGGCAAAACUCCGACGCGAGCAAUUCGCAAGACAAUUCGCCAGCAAUCCACAGCAGAUUGGGAUGAUGGACCAGAAGCCCUUCCCACCCAAUAUCACCAACAAUCCGGCAUUUCGACAGCCUGUGCCGGAACAAGUGAAAUCUUGGGCGCAACUCAAACAAUGGGUACAACAGACACAUGCUCCUGACUUUGCGAGGGAUCUGAACGCGAAAUUGACAAUGCUGCAAGGUUCCCAGCUGCUCGAAAUGAACGCAAGGUUACAGAACAACAUGAUGAGAAAUCAGGUACAGAACGGACUGGGCAAUAACCUGCUACCACCUGGAGGACAAGCUCCAACAGCCCAAAUGGGCCCGGGGGCUAUGUUCCCACAGCAAGGAAAUCACCCUCAAGGUCCCGUUCCCAUGAACUUCAAUAACAUGAACUUCCCACCAUUGACGCCUCAAGACAUUGCAACAGCCCGUGCAAAAUUACCUAUGCAGCAAGCGCAAGCCUUCACGGACGACCAAGUCCGAUCCUUUAUUAACAGCCAGCGCCAGAACUCACUGAAUGCACGGAGACAAGAACUCAUGCGCCAGCAACAGGAACAGCAAGGGCAGGUACAGCAGCUUCAUCAACAGCCAAUGCAAGCGCCCGGUCGACCACAGCAGCAAGUUGACAGACCGCCCACGGUUCCACCUAUGACCCAGCCAACGCCGAAACCUCCCAACAAUGUCAAUGUAUCCCAGACUGGUCAAGUCAAAGGCAACCGAACGCCAAAAAUCUCUGAAGCCCAACAAACUCCCAAUCAACAGACCAUUUCACGAAUCCAAAACCAGAAGGGCUCGAAGCGGCCCAAUGAUGAUACGGACAGCGCGGACCCGGCCCGGAAGAGCGCCAAUCUGACGACAACAGUGCAAGGGCAAGCUGCGGGUCAAAAGAUGAACACUGAACAACAAAACCCAACCCCCGCGUCUCAACAAGAUAAUAUCAAGCGCAUACAGAACGCUAUCAAGACAUCUGCGAAGCCACCGGUAGCAAUGCAUAAGUACAGAAUUAUUGCUGCAGAGGCCGAAAAGAAAGUUCAGGCUGCACCUAACCUUACAGUACCCAAGGAAAUGCGCGAGAAGAUGCAAAUGAGAAUAAGGGCAAACAUCACAACUCUUCAGAAACUUGAUUCUUCAUUGGCUGCGUGGACACAACGAGGAGGAGCCGAAGCUCCCUUCCGUGCUGUGAUGGAAUCUAGAGCUCGAAUAAAGAGGAACACUAUUCAGCAACCACCUGGGUCCUCGACGAAUUCCUGGAGUCUCAAGGAACAACUUUCAUUCUUCUUAUCACAAUUGGAGAUUGACCUGACGCAGAUUGGGACUUUCAUCCAGAAGGCUCAAGAUCUUGCAAAGAGCAUGGCGCAAAAUGGGCCUAAUGGUCAACCACCGUCGAUGAGUAUUCCACCCGGUAACGUGCCGGCAGCAACGCAGUUGACAGCUGAGAGUCUUGAACAACUUCGGCAUGAGAACGUCAAACAUCAGAAAGAGCAGCAGCAACAGCAACAGCAACAGCAGCAACAGCAGCAGCAGUCCGGUAAUAGACCCCCUUCCGCACCCACUACUGAGAAGGGUCCAUCCUUCCAAAUACCUGCACCAAGCCCACAGGGUGUACCUGCCUAUGCUCAAACUCGCUUUGACCCUAAUACCAUGAAACUGCCGGCCACGAAGAGGCGGAAGCCCAAUAACACUCCUACAUCUAUGCCUGCCCAGCUCCCAACAAAUAGUGCUGGGAAACCCCCGUCUCCUGACGUCAAGCGACAGCAACCUACAGAAAUGCCAGCAGAGACAAAGCCGAGCUUCAAGUGUCCUCACAGCGACUGUGACUCGCAUUUCUCCAAAUUCGAAAGCCAAUCCGAUCUGAAUAAUCAUCUGACGGACUGUCAUCCUCCAGUCAAAGACCCAUUGGCAUGGUCUAUUAACGCUAUGGCAAAUAGUCUGAACUGCAAUCCGGACGGAACCCAAAAGAUUCCGAAGGAGAGUGUCAAUGCUGCAGACCGUUCUUCCAAACCAAUUAUCGGCACCAGUUCCAUGAAACAGGAAGCCGCAACCCCAGCUUCUGUUUCGACACCUAUGAACCGCAUUCCAACACAGCAGGGAAUCAAGAGCUCUCCGUCAAGCUUUUUGAAAACACCACAGCCUACAAGCAAGACACCUGGUACAAAUAGUGCCUACACAACUACUGGCAAGGAACCUGCAAAAGUACCUGCCCAGGCUGAAGUAGUAUCUGACGCAGAACUGGAUCCAUGGGCCGAUGCACCAUUCUCCGUGGCCGACUUUCAAGCGAGUUUCGGCGGCAUUGAGAUCCCUGGCCAGCUUCCUGAUUGGGCUGGCAAUGAUGUGCUUGGAGACGAUCCAGAAGGCCUUACAUGGCUUCAACCGCGAAUCCAGGCUGAUAUUAUGACCCCUGAGAGUAGUCGAGAGAGUACUUCGACCCGCGAGAGCGACAUCAGCGAAUUCGACAACCUCAACAUAGAUGUCGCGCUUGACUCUAACAUUGACCAGAAUUUGAUACUUAACUUCGACGAAAAAUUUGAUCUGGGCGGUGAUGCGCCUGACUGGGGGAUCGAACUACAAGACAAGGUCACCUUCUCAGCUGCCGAUAAUGCAUGGGACGAUGUGAAGUUUGAGGACUACUUCGACGCCGAGGCUGGUCUUGGUGACAAUGGCAUCCCUGGCUGGGAGGGAACGCCUUUCGGGCCAAAAUGAACGUAUUCUAGCGUGCUGCAUUACUCGACAAGCGUUCUUUCCACCAUUCGAUUGACAUUGAUACCCAACUAUUUACAAGGCGCCUUGGGAAACAGGUUUCAAGUCCGCACUC